AUGCAUCUCAAGAAAACUGUCAAGCCAGCGGCCCUGUUUGCAGCCUUGGCGCAUGGAUAUGCAAACCCCGGAACUUGCUCAGGAGCCUGCAAUGUGCACGACCCGUCGUUGAUCCAAAGAUCCUCAGACAAGGUCUAUUUCCGGUUUUCUACUGGCAAUAGGAUCUCAUACGCAAAGGCCUCAUCCAUCUCAGGACCGUGGACCACUGUUGGGUCCAUGCUUCCCUCUGGGUCGUCAAUUGACCUUGACGGCAGUGAUGACCUAUGGGCCCCCGAUGCUCAAGUCGUGAAUGGUGCUUACUAUGUGUACUACUCUGUUUCGACCUUUGGGUCGCAAAAUUCAGCGAUUGGAUUGGCUACUUCCUCCACCAUGGAGUCUGGCUCCUGGACUGACCAUGGAAGUACUGGCAUCGCCUCAUCUUCUUCCAAGGCAUACAAUGCUAUCGAUGGUAAUCUCUUCAAUGAUGGCGGUACCUACUACAUGAACUUUGGCUCUUUCUGGCAUGAUAUCUAUCAAGCACCAAUGAAUUCCGCCGCCACCAAAGUAGCAUCGACUUCUUACAACGUGGCAUAUGACUCUUCCGGUACACAUGCUGUCGAGGGAGCUUACAUGUACAAGUACGGCAGCUACUAUUACCUCUUUUACUCUGCUGGCACUUGCUGUGGCUAUGAUACAUCCCGUCCUGCCAGUGGAGCAGAGUACAAGAUCAAGGUCUGCAGGUCAACUUCAGCUACCAGUGGAUUUGUCGAUAAGACCGGUACUGCCUGUACCAGCGGAGGAGGGACAGUUGUGCUGGAGAGCCACGGCACAGUCUAUGGCCCCGGUGGGCAGGGUGUGUUUACCGAUCCUACUUACGGCCCAGUGCUUUACUAUCACUACGUUGAUACCACAAUUGGCUAUGCUGACAGCCAAAAAUUGUUUGGAUGGAACACGAUUGAUUUCUCCAGUGGAUGGCCCGUGGUUUAA